GCCCCGCUCUGUGCGGUGGAUGCUCAUCCCGGGAUGCGGCGGGACCGUCGCUCGGAGCGCUGCGCGGAGCCACGGACCGGGGGCUGCUCCCGGCGCUGCGCGGAGCUCGAGGCGCUGAGAGCACAGAAUAUUUUGAGUGUGAAGGGACACAGAAGGAGCACCGAGUUGAACCCUUAUGUGAAUGGCUCAUCUGGGGAUGGAACCCACAACCUGGGCAUCUUCAGCACCCUGCUCCAACCGAGCCAAUCUCAGGUUACAGCAAUGCCCUGCCUGGGAUGGGAAUGCCAAGUACCAGCAAGGGAAUUCCUGUGCCAGUGCAGCUCCUUCCUUUAUGCCGAUAUUGCUUCACACACCAGCCCCUGGAAUGGCCAUAGGGCAGAGCUCCGUGGCUGGUACCUGACCACGGAACAACACAGGUGCUUGUGCCGCGUCCCUUUCCAGGGAGAAAUGAUCAAGACAAGCCCUGAGGGUUCCCUUGGUCCGUGGCCGAAGUUCUUCUGGAGAGUGCCAGGGCCGGUCCCGCCUGCAGAGGGGCGUUUCCUGCGGUUCCCCAGUGAGAAGAACAUGAACUCACAGACAUUCAGGCCUGGCAGUCCCCUGCAGCGAGAGCUCAGCGCACAUCCACAGAGGCAAUUCCAGCAUCUGAAAGAAAGGAAGAAGAAGAAGAAGGUGAUUGAUUUCUUCUGUUUCAGAGUUAUUUCAAGUUCUCAGACCCAAACCACCCUUUGCUCUUGCUCUUGGCCGGGUGAAUCCUGAGCCGUGGGCACAGGUCUGGUCAUUCAUGCUGAUGGGAGCGACGCUUUCUGGGGGAAAUCCGCUCAUUUCCAAAGUUCACUGCCUGCCCCUGCCUGAUCUGCGCGGCAGAAAACCUCUUCCAUGGAGGGAUUUUGCUCCAUCUAAUCUCACCUGCCCAGGCUGUUCCAUGUGGAUGGGACAGGCUGGGGCAGCACAGGCAGACACAGCUCUCGGCGCUCCCUGCUCCAAACACAGCCCUGGGCUCCUCUGCAAACUGCCUCUGCCAGGAGGUUUUCUCCAGGAGAGCUCCAGGACUGGCUCAUGGCAGGGGGAGAUGAAGUUAUCACAAAGGGAAGUAAAGGAUAAAUACUCCUGUAGGAGCCUUUGGGAUCUGCUGGGCUGAGCUGGGAAGGGGACAUUCAUUCCCUGCAGUGCAAAUGCACAACCGCCUCCAGCACGCAGCAAACGCUGUCAGGUGGGCUCUGAAAGCAGCACUGUGACAAACCUCACCGUCACUCUUCCCUUCAGGGACUUUUGCAAUCGGUCUCUGAAGCUGACCAGCCCCAGAGCUCUGUGCAGCUGCUCUGGAGCAAAAGGAUCCUCCCGGGGCUGAGGCCCAUUCCCAGCCAUCGCUCCCACGGCGGCCCAGAGGCACCACUGGAGCUCGUGUGUGGGGCUGGCAAGGGCUGCAGGAGGACACAGCCCCAGCUGGGGCGGCCCAGAGGCACCACUGGAGCUCGUGUGUGGGGCUGGCAAGGGCUGCAGGAGGACACAGCCCCAGCUGGGGCGGCAGCGGCAGCGGCAGCAGCAAUUCCCAGGGCCUGGCACGGCAGAGCCAAAGGCCGGCGCUGCCGCGGGAGGCGCGGGUUUCGUUCCGCUCCCUGCGCUGCCGCGGCCCGGCAGGAAAUCUCCAGGGGGGCAGAAACUCUCAGGGGACACAGAAUGCAGCAUCUGUCACCCUGGUCCUGGCUGAACUCAGCGUGUGGGGCCACCCCCCACAGGUAACCACUGACCUGAGCCGGAUCAGCCUCAAACACCGCCCCAGCUGUCAGCUCCCGGCCGCUCCCGGGCUGCCGCCGCUCUCUCUGUGCCUCAGCCUUGGGGGCUGCAGGGAGCAGGGCAGGGACAGCCCGAAGCCAGGGCAGAGCCCUCCGGGUUUGCAACACUCUGGGGACAGCUGGGGACUCACCCAGGGCACGGGCAGGAGCAGGGAGCCUCCGGCGCGGGCCGGCGGCGCUGGCGGCUGCUGGGUUCGGCCGCUCAAACACCAAAGCUCUGGGCAAAGGUGGGACGAGUUCAGUGUCCUGAAAGUUUCCUGUCCUGAAAGGGAGGAGAAAAUGGAAAUUAAGGCCACUGUGGAAGCCAAAGGCUCCUGCAUUUCCCACUUCUGUUCUGAUUCCUCACUACAGGGUUCCAUCCAUAAAAAAUGAGAGCUGACACCAAAUAAAAGGGCCCCAUUUCAACUUUUUUCCCUACUGUUUUCAUACAUAAAAAGGAUGCCCAUUUUUUCAAACUGCAUUCUUUGCCUAAUUUUAUCAGAACCAUUUCAAUUCCAGGCCCCACUUGUGAGUUAUUAUUGUGACUUUGGGCAAAGGAAGAGAAGGAUCUGUUCCACACGGGUGUCAUCCCACAGGGAACAGCCCUGGGCCAGCCCCAGCCUGGGCUGAGCACGCUGCCUCCCUCCCCCAUUCUGGAUUCUGGCUCCAGGCCAGUCCGAGUUUCCCCCCAUUUUCCAUGUCUAGAGACAGGAAAUUGUCCUGGUCAGGGUGCAGGACCUUAAACUGCACAUUGAUCUGGGGUUUGCUGGGAUUCCAGCAGGGAAUUCAUGGUUUUACAAAUAAAAACUCUUCCAGGGAGCAGCACUGAAAAGUUGGGAGCUGCUGCUUCACCACACGGUGUCAGCAACAGAGAGGAAACACAAAAUGUGAACCCAAAACCAAGGAUAAAAUGAUUCCUCCUGCUUUUAGUGGGACCAGGGUUAAUUCUGUCCUGGAAUGACAAAGAACCUCUCCCUCAGACCCCCAGAGACCCCUCAAAAAGCCAAAGUGCAGCAGGAAAGGAAGGAAGGAAGGGCACCUCUGCCUCACCUGCUGGGGACAGCACAGGUCCUGCUGCUCCUGGGGACUGGGAAUGUGUCUGGAGCCAAAAGCUCCUUCCCAGGCUGGAGAGCCUUUCCUAAAGCACCACCUGUGGGAAGCAAAGGGCUGUGGGAGACAUGGAGAGGGAAUUUACAAUAACAAUCAAAACAUUAGUGGGAAAGAGCAGCAAGGGAAGCAACAAUAAUUCCAGGGGAGCAGGGAGGAGGCUGAGCUUUAAACGAGGUUUGAGUGAGGCAGCAUCACUGGGAUCUCUGAAGCACAGCUCCAGGUCUGGGAUUCCAGGAGCAGUGCAAACUCCCUCUGUCCAAUCCCUGCAUUUGCCUCCUGCCAGCA